AUGGCUAUCUUCGAUAAAGUCCAUAAUGUCGUUGGCGAGGCCGAGAGAGCGACGGUCGACGAUCCGAUCGCCCUCCAGGUGAGGGCCGACGACAAGGAAGCUGGGCCAGGCUUUGCUAGCGAAGAGCCGGGGCUCAAGGACGAGAAGCCAGCUGAGAAUGUUCAGUCUGGUGUCCAGAAAAUUGAGGCCGUCACACUGGCCUGGUCCAAGAGCUCCGUCUACGUCCUCCUAGUGCUCAUCUGGUUCAUCACCCUGGUCAACAACAUGCGGAGUGUCGUGGUCGACAGUUUGUCGCCAUACGCUACCAGUUCGUUCCUGGGCCACUCGCUUCUGACGGUCAUCACUGUUGUUGCGUCGUCCAUGGCCGGCGCCGUGUACAUCCCCAUGGCAAAGGCGCUCGAUCUUUGGGGCCGUGCAGAGGGCUUCCUCGUUAUGCUGGGCUUCUGCAUCCUGGGUAUCAUCCUGCUAUCUGUGUCCAAGAACCUGCCGACCUACUGUGCCGGACAAGUCUUCUACCAAGUAGGAUUCGGCGGUCUUAGUUUCAGCUACGAUGUGCUCUCCGCAGACGUGACCAGCCUGCGAAACCGAGGGCUGGCCUUUGCCUUCACAUCGUCUCCUGCUUUGAUCUCGGCCUUUGCUGGAUCCAAGGCUGCCGAGCAGUUCCUGGCCCAUGUCAGCUGGCGAUGGGGCAUUGGCGUCUGGGGCAUUAUCCUCCCGGCCUUUGGUAUCCCGAUCUACCUCAUGCUGGCGUGGAAUCUGCACAAGGCCACCAAGAAGGGGUUUAUUGUUAAGGAGAAGAAGCACUGGUCGAUUACCCCUGACGCUAUCAGGCGUGGGAUCUGGUGGACGCUUAUAGAGUUCGACUUGCCUGGAGUCGUCCUCUUCGCCGCCGGAAUGGUCGUCUUCCUCCUCCCCUUCACCCUCGCCGCCAGCGCCCCCUCAGGCUGGCGCAGCGGAUACAUCAUCGCAAUGAUCAUAGUCGGCUUCGUCCUCCUCAUCCUCUUCGGCCUCUGGGAAAUCUACGCGGCGCCCGUCCCCUUCCUCAAACACCAAUACCUAACAGACCGCACCGUGCUAGGCGCCUGCAUGCUCAACCUCACCUACCAAAUCUCCUACUUCUGCUACUCGUCCUACCUCACCUCUUUCCUGCAGGUCGUCUACGAAGUCGACGUCGCCACAGCGGGGUACGUCUCCAACACAUUCAGCGUCGUCUCCUUCGUCUUCCUCUUCAUCGCCGGCUGGCUGAUCCGCUGGACCGGCCGCUUCAAAUGGAUCCUCUGGGCCUGUCUCCCGCUGUAUAUCUUCGGGCUCGGCCUCAUGAUCCAUUUCCGGCAGCCAGGCGGGUAUAUCGGGUACAUUGUGAUGUGCGAGGUCUUUAUCUCUGUCUCCGGGAGUAUCUUCAUUCUGCUCUGCCAGAUUGCCGUCCUGGCGACCGUCGACCACCAGCACGUCUCUGCUGUGCUGGCCCUGCUCUUCGUCAUGGGUAGUAUCGGCGGUGGGAUCGGGAGUGCGAUCUCCGGCGCGAUCUGGACGAAUACGUUUGGGGCGAAGUUGCUGCGCAAUCUGCCGGCUGAGGUGAUGGGUGAGUAUGCGCUUAUCUAUGGGGAUUUGGCUACGCAGCUGGGGUAUGCGCCUGGGACGGAGGUGCGGGAUGUGCUUAAUGAGGCGUAUGGGUAUGCGCAGGUGCGGAUGCUUGCGGCUGGCACGGCGGUGAUGGUGCUUGGGUUUGGGUGGAUUGCGAUGAUGAGGAAUUUGAAUGUGAAGACGAUGAGCCAGACGAGGGGGAAUGUUUUGUAG